GAAAAGGAAGUGAGGAAGACAUUCACAGUUUUAUUAGGUUCAUCUAUCUCUUUGCAAGACAGAAGGAUCGGGUAAGCUCCCAAUUCUUAUGGCUGAUGCUACAGAGUAUAUUGGUUCAGCAGGCUUUCUUGGUUCUGCCUUGUCUCUUUAUUACACUGUACUCGGAUGUUAGAGAAAGUCAGAUUUUUAGGAUCAGGAGGGACUCUUCUGACUUGCAGUGUGGCUUGCUUGGCAGACUUUUCCUAACCUUAGAGAUAGCAGGUAUUGGGCAUUGACUUGUGAACGGGCUGAGGAUAACUGGUAUAGGUAGGCUUGCUAUUGAUACUAACCCCAAUAAUAAGUGCUAUACAGGGGGCUGCAGUCUUCUAAGUAUAUCUGGGCUCAGAGCAUUCCUGUCUUUAUGCAGAUUCCUAAGUGCUUUGCUCUGCUUAUGCAAUGAGGCAAGGUGCUAUUCUGGUCCUGGGUUCCUUAUGCUUUAUUGCCUAAAUUCCUAGUUUACUUUGGACAAAAGAAGACUAGCUGCUUCAGGAUGAGUGUAGAAGAAAGGAGUGGAGUCCAAUUUACUGAUUGUAAUGGGUAUGAAAAUAGCAGCAGCAGCUGUGUAUGUGUUUAGGGUUAGAGGCCUCUUGAGAACAUAUUUGCUGCAAGUUAACAUGUCUCUCUUAGCAAAGAGUAAAUUGUAUGUUUCUGUCUUGGAGUGAGAGAAUAGAACACUGAUAAUCAAAAUCUGUGAAGAAAGGGGAGUAUGUUAACACACGCUCAUGGGAUUUGGAGAUAGUGUUUCCAUGGGACAGCAUAUGCUCAGUGCUUCUGUUUGUGAAUUAGCCUAGCUCUGGGGGCUGCAAAGGCUCUUUGAGACACUAAUUUAAUUGAGCUCUCACAUGAGCAGUCUUCCAUUGUGUGACCUCACCUUGUCCAAGCUGGAGUUUUUUACCUGAUACACCUUCUCUGAAGGGCAGGCUUUCCUCUUUGUUGUGAAGGUGAAAGUGGUAAAACUUUUAUCCAGGGUGAAUCUUGGAGUGGGAGAUGGCUUGGUUGUCUUCCCUCCAGGAUUAGGAAGUAAAAUAUCAGGUGUUGUUUGUGUAACUGCUUGACUCUAACUUGCAAUUUUGUAUGACAGGAAUCAUGUAAAUGCUUCUCUAUCAUCACCCUGGAGACCUGCUCAGCCUGAUUGGUGCACUGAGUCCGUUGCUUUUCUGAGGCCAACUCUUUCUUGACACGUUAGUCUGAGCUAAUGCUGUGCUGCUUCUCUGAAAGGUUGGAGAUCUUAUUUUAAGAAAGUGGCAAAGCUGAACCAUACUUGACUGGCACUUUCCUGCAUGAGAUGUGUUUAGUCUUACAGUCAUUUUAUGGGUUUUAAGAAAACGUAAGCCGCUCUUGGGAUUGAUACUAAAAAGGAAAGAGAAGGCCGGAAGGAGUACUGACUGUAACCAUCUCUGUGAGUUGGGCCUCUUACUACCAGAUGAAGCACAAACCAGCAUGUCUGACAGCUGUCUGGGACCAAACCCUGAACACAAGCUUAUGCUCUAAGGCAAAUAAAGGAGUGAAAGGUGUGUGGGUGUAUGCUGUUGUAAAGGCACCUGGAGGAGUCUGGAGCAAUGCCACCACCUUCGGACAUUGUGAAAGUAGCUGUUGAGUGGCCAGGUGCUAAUGCCCAGCUGCUGGAAAUAGAUCAGAAAAGGCCUCUUGCAUCCAUCAUCAAGGAGGUCUGUGAUGGGUGGUCGUUGCCAAACCCUGAAUACUACACCUUGCGGUAUGCUGAUGGUCCUCAGCUGUACAUCACAGAGCAGACUCGCUGUGACAUCAAGAAUGGAACUAUCCUACAGCUGGCAGUCUCCCCGUCUAGGGCAGCUCGCCAGCUGAUGGAGAGGAUCCAGUCGCACAGUAUGGAAGCCCGACUGGAUGCCAUGAAGGAACUGGCUAAACUUUCAGCAGAUGUGACCUUUGCCACAGAGUUCAUUAACAUGGAAGGGAUUACAGUGCUGACACGGCUUGUGGAGAGCGGGACCAAGCUUCUGUCCCAUUACAGUGAGAUGUUGGCUUUCACCCUGACUGCCUUCUUGGAGCUCAUGGACCAUGGUAUUGUCUCUUGGGACAUGGUCUCAAUAACCUUCAUCAAACAGAUUGCAGGGUAUGUGAGUCAGCCUAUGGUAGAUGUCUCCAUCCUCCAACGAUCCCUAGCCAUUCUAGAAAGCAUGGUGCUAAACAGUCAGACUCUGUAUCAGAAGAUAGCAGAAGAGAUCACCGUGGGGCAGCUCAUUUCUCAUCUGCAAGUCUCAAACCAAGAGAUUCAGACAUAUGCCAUUGCCCUGAUCAAUGCCCUUUUCCUGAAGGCACCUGAGGACAAGAGACAGGACAAGCUGCUUAACCCACUAGACCUGCCCAUCACUGAAAUGGCUAAUGCAUUUGCCCAGAAGCACCUGAGGUCUAUAAUCCUGAACCAUGUGAUCAGAGGAAACCGCCCGAUUAAAACAGAAAUGGCACAUCAGCUGUACGUGCUACAGGUCCUGACCUUUAAUCUCCUGGAAGAGAGAAUGAUGACCAAGAUGGAUCCCAAUGAUCAGGCACAGAGAGACAUCAUAUUUGAGUUGCGAAGAAUUGCAUUUGAUGCAGAGUCUGACAGCAACACCGUCCCUGGCAGUGGAACAGAAAAACGCAAAGCCAUGUACACCAAGGACUACAAGAUGCUGGGAUUCACUAAUCACAUCAAUCCAGCCAUGGAUUUUACUCAGACUCCUCCAGGGAUGCUAGCAUUGGACAAUAUGCUCUACUUGGCUAAAUUUCAUCAGGAUACCUAUAUCCGGAUUGUUCUGGAGAACAGCAGUCGAGAAGAUAAGCAUGAGUGUCCCUUUGGGCGCAGUGCCAUUGAGCUUACCAGGAUGCUUUGUGAGAUCCUGCAAGUUGGGGAGCUCCCCAACGAAGGCCGGAAUGACUAUCACCCCAUGUUUUUCACCCAUGACCGUGCAUUUGAGGAGCUAUUUGCCAUCUGCAUCCAGCUGUUGAACAAGACCUGGAAAGAAAUGAGGGCGACAGCAGAAGAUUUUAAUAAGGUUAUGCAGGUUGUGAGGGAACAGAUCACACGGGCUCUCCCAUCUAAACCAAACUCCCUGGACCAGUUCAAGAGCAAACUGCGCAGCCUAAGCUAUUCUGAAAUUCUGCGACUACGCCAGUCUGAGAGAAUGAGCCAAGAUGACUUCCAGUCACCACCUAUUGUGGAGCUGAGAGAGAAAAUCCAACCUGAGAUCUUGGAGCUGAUAAAGCAGCAGCGCCUGAACAGGCUUUGUGAGGGAAGUAGUUUUCGAAAAAUUGGAAAUCGCAGAAGACAAGAAAGAUUUUGGUAUUGUCGCCUGGCUCUGAAUCACAAGGUGCUACACUAUGGAGAUCUGGAAGAUAAUGCCCAGGGAGAAGUGACCUUUGAAUCUCUACAGGAAAAAAUUCCAGUUGCAGACAUCAAAGCCAUUGUCACAGGGAAGGAUUGUCCACACAUGAAGGAGAAAAGUGCACUGAAGCAGAACAAGGAAGUGUUAGAAUUGGCCUUCUCGAUAUUAUAUGAUCCCGAUGAGACCUUGAACUUCAUUGCACCUAAUAAAUAUGAGUACUGUAUCUGGAUUGAUGGGCUUAAUGCUCUCCUGGGGAAGGACAUGUCCAGUGAGCUGACUAAAAGCGACCUGGACACAUUGCUGAGCAUGGAAAUGAAGCUGAGGCUCCUGGACUUGGAGAACAUCCAGAUCCCCGAAGCGCCGCCGCCCAUCCCCAAGGAGCCGAGCAGCUACGACUUCGUGUACCACUACGGCUGACGGGGCCGAGCUGCAGGGCCCGCUGCCGGCCAGCCGCGGGCCGGCGGCGGGAGGCUGGCACUGCUGGAACUGGGGCGGAGCCGGCGCUGGGCCGCGCCGUCCGACCGCGCUCCGCCGCUCCCGGUCCCGCUCCCGGCCGG